AUGUCCGUCUUGGUUAAUGGUAGCGCAACUAAAGAAUUUAAGGUUCACAAGGGUUUAAGACAAGGGGAUCUGUUGUCUCCCUUCCUCUUUGUGAUAGCCAUGGAAGGCUUGACCGCCUUAGUGAAGAAAUCGGUAGCGAUGGGGAUUUUUAAGCCAUUCUUGUAUGGGGAUAAUGAUAGUGUGGACAUCCUCCAAUUUGCGGAUGAUACCAUUCUUUUAGGCGAAGCUUCUUGCGACGACAUUUGGAAUAUGAAGGUGAUUUUGAGAGGUUUUGAAUUGGUUUCCGGGUUGAGAAUCAAUUUUUCCAAAAGCAAUAUUUUUGGAGUUAAUGUUGGUGAGUGGUACAUAAAUGCCGCCUUGUCUUUUCUAUCUUGCAAGAAAGGGGCGAUUCCUUUCAAAUUCCUUGGUCUAAUUGUGGGGGACAAUCCUAGAAGGAAGAAAGUUUGGUUGGAUGUGGUGAAAAACAUUAGGAGGCGUUUAUCUUCGUGGAAGGGUAGAAAUAUCUCAAUGGGAGGAAGAGUCACGCUUAUAAACUCGGUAUUGAAUUCUAUCCCUAUAUUCACUCUAUCUUUCUUCAAGAUUCCCGAAAAGAUUGCAAAAUAA